GGUUCCAUACAAAACUCUCACUUGCAAUUUCCUUCAACUUUUCCUCUCUCUCUCUCUCUCUCUCUCUGUCUCGGCUAUUUUAUCACUCUCUCAAACUGUAAAACCAUAGGCCAAAGAAACUAAGCCAGCAAGCAACCAUGAAAAGCCAUGAAAACGACCGAGGACAGGGACAGGGACAGGUACAGCAGCACUAUGACCAUGAAAAUGACCAAAAACAACCACCACAAGAAGAAGAACAUCCAAAACAACCACACCAUUUGCAAGAACUACUUGAACAAGAAGAAGAAGAAGAGAGAAAAGAAGAAGAAUUAGAACAAGAAGAAGGAGAAAACGACACCGUUUCAACUUCACCACCAGUCUCAAUGCACUCUUCUUCUCCACCUCCAAAACCUCCUCCUUCUAAACCUCCAUCACCAGACUCCUCAGGUCAUCAUACCUCUCACGACUAUGACUAUGUGUUGUCUCCGCCGCAGCUUAAAGAAGCCAAGUACCAAUUUCCCCCGCCAGAUCAAACGUCUCAAACCUAUGUUUUCUCAUCAUCAUCACCAGCUAAGUCUCCAUCUCCAUCACCGGAACCACCUCGCAUGCCGGUUUCUAAAACCCAAGACGAAGAUGCUGUUCAGAAACCAGUUGAAGUAGGUAUUCCAGGCGGCCGUGGUGGUGGUAGUAGCAGGAGAAAGCCUUCAAUUUCAGAGAGAGAGAAGGAGAAUAUGAAGAACAAGGCCUUGUUAGGCUUUAGAUUCUUAGGAUUAGUCUUUUGCUUGGUUUCGUUUUCAGUCAUGGCUGCUGAUAAGAAUCAAGGUUGGGCUUUUGAUUCUUUCUAUAGGUACAAGGAAUUCAGGUACUGUAUGUCAAUAAAUGUUAUGGGUUUUGUGUACUCAGGACUGCAAGCAUAUGAUCUAGCCUAUUCUUUGGCCACCGGAAAACAUUUUGGCCGGAAUCAGCUCCGGUACUUACUGGAUUUCACUAUAGAUCAGGCAAGUCCUUUUCUUUAUGUCAUUGUUUACUAAUUGCUCUACCUAAUUUAAGGCCCAUGUCCAUACAACUCCUAUUUUUUUUGGGUUGGCAGUAUUUUUCAAUUUGGUUAAUUAUAGGGGCCACUGAAAUCCUAUAAUGGUGACUGUAUUAGGGGGCCAUGGACGGUGGACUAAUAGGUCGAUAUUUGUGGGUCAUUGUCCCAUAUUGAGUUGCUUAAGAAUAGAAUGGGACCAUCUGUUGUAUUGUUCUUGGUGAUUCUUGGACCUUUUUUUUUUCAUGCUUUUUACUUUGUGAUUCUAUGAGGAUAUUCACUUUUUGCUAGUGAAGGAGAUCACUUUCACUACUUUGUAGUGUUGAAACGCUAAAUUUUAAAGCAAUCUGUUUCUGCAACUGAAGUAAAGUGAGAGGAAUAAAGUCACUUUUCAUUGAUUUGCCAAAA